AAUCGGAGUGGCACUGUACCCUGGUGCCCCGGGGGAGCAGGGCCGUAGAAAGAUUAUAAAAGGCCGACUUCAUCUCGAGUCAACACUGGCCACCCCAACUAGGAACCUUACCUCAGUAUUGUUGAGAACAUCCCCAUUUGAUGCUAUUCACCUCGGCAAGAUUCUUCAAUCGUCCCUCGACCUUGGGCUGUUUGCUCUCCUUCUCGCCCCUAGCUAAUCACCCGAUACACACACCAAAGUCAUUCAUGGGUUCUUCAGCCACCAAGAAAGACAGUGCCAUAUUUGCGUCUGGCUGUUUUUGGGGAACAGAGCAUAUCUUCCGUCAGCAUUACGGUCAUGGCAAGGGACUCUUGGACGCCAAAGUUGGCUAUACAGGUGGUUCAGUGAAUAAUCCUACCUACAAACAGGUUUGCACAGGCACCACACAGCACGCAGAGAGUGUCAAACUUGACUUCGAUCCCUCCAUAGUAUCCUACUCGGAAUUGGUUGAGUUUUUUUACAGGACCCACGACGCCUCCCACUAUAAUCAUCAGGGUCCCGAUCGUGGUACUCAAUAUCGAUCGGCAAUCUUUUACUUUAACGACGAUCAACGUGAGGUAGCCGAAAAAGUAACCAAGGAGGUUGAAGAGAAACACUAUAAACCCAAAGGAAAAAACAUCGUCACCGUGAUCGAAAAGUUUGAGCAAUGGUGGGAUGCUGAAGACUACCAUCAAAAUUACCUUCACAAUAAUCCUGGCGGAUAUGAGUGCCCAACUCAUCGUUUGCACUGGUAAUCCUGGAUAUUCAAAUUGAAAUCCGACUAUCCACUUUUUCGAAUGGCCGCACGUUUACUUGAACUACUUAACUGGGAUGUUCCACUCACCAAAAAUUUUCACACCGCAAAAUGUAUUCUAGUGAAUCCAUAGCAUGUUGAUAUUUGUGGAACACACGUAAUUGUAUUUUGUAUGUUGGAGAGCAGACGUUGACAUUUUUUACGUUUUGAAAUGAAAGCAG